UGAAUUUUUGAAGAAAGUUGGAAAGAAAUUAUUAUCUGCACUUGGUGUAUCUAUAGACAUCUUGCAUCGUACUAAUUUUUUAUGACUAAUUUCUUAGACUAUAGCAUGAUCAUCUAAAGGUUCUACAUGCAAAAAAUGUAUAAAAAUUCUAAAAUUUGUUACGAGGAAAUCAAAUAAUCUUAAAAAUAAAAAAUUUAGAAACAAACAUAAUUCAAUUAAUAAACAAUGACUUGGAACCGUGCACAAAUUUAAUUUAAAAGAUAUUAAAUUUUGAUGCUAAAACCAAACUCCUAUAUUUAUAUAGAAAAAAAAGAUGGUGGUUUGCGAAUUCCUACGAUUUAAAGACCACAAGAAUUAUAAAUUUCUUCCCCAUUAAAUUUUUUUUUUUUUUUUUGAGAGAAAGGUCGCAUGCUACCUGUUUCGUUUAUUUCAUUUAGAAAUAAAAUUAGUUGGAAAUGCUUCCCCAUUAAAUUUCUAAUGCAAAUUUAUGAAUGGACUUAUACACCGGGUCUAGGCAAAAGUAUCUCCAAUCUCCCGCCAUUUUCCAUUUCCCCAAUUCCUCCGCUCCUAUAAAACGCACUCCUCGAUAGCGUGCUCCCUCUUCGCGAUGCUUCUCCACUCCCUCCUCCUUAGAACCCUAACCCUAGCCCCUUUCAUCGUCCCCGAUCCUCUCCCCUCUCCUUGAGACCCAUCCGCCUCCACCGCCUCCGCGAUCUCUGCCGGGAAGCGCGAGCUCUCGGCGGCGGCUAUGGCGAUGGCGGCGGCGAUGGCGAUGGCGGCAGCGGCGGCGCUGAGCCGCGCCACUACGAUGGUGAUCGUCGCGGCGUGGUACGCCUCCAACGUCGGGAUACUCCUCCUCAACAAGUACCUCCUCAGCAACUACGGCUUCAGGUACCCGAUCUUCCUCACCCUGUGCCACAUGGCCGCGUGCUCCAUCCUCAGCUACGCCUCGGUCGCGUGGGUGGGGAUCCCGCCGCUCCAGCGCCUGCGGACGCGCGCCAGAGCCGCGAGGAUCGCCGCGCUCGGCCUCGUCUUCUGUGUCUCCGUCGUCGGCGGCAACGUCUCGCUCCGCUACAUCCCUGUCUCCUUCAACCAGGCCGUGGGCGCCACCACGCCCUUCUUCACCGCCGUCCUCUCCUACAUCUUCACCAGAAGGCGCGAGACGUGGUACACAUAUGCCGCGCUCGUCCCUGUCGUAGCUGGCGUUGUCAUCGCGAGCUGGGGAGAGCCAAGCUUCCAUUUUUUUGGUUUCGUCAUGUGCGUAGCAGCAACUUCUGCACGGGCUCUUAAGACGGUGUUGCAAGAGAUUAUACUGUCUUCAGAGCGGGAGAAACUUGACUCUAUGAAUCUCCUCCUCUACAUGGCUCCAGUUGCUGUAAUCCUCUUGCUUCCUGCCUCAACUAUAAUUGAGGAAAAUGUGGUCAGCAUCACGAUAGCACUUGCUAGAGAAGAUUUCAAAAUUAUUUGGUACCUUCUCUUCAAUUCUUGCUUGGCAUUCAUAGUGAACUUGACCAAUUUCUUGGUUACCAAACAUACCAGCGCAUUGACUGUUCAGGUUCUUGGAAAUGCUAAAGGUGCUGUCGCGGUGGUCGUCUCGAUCCUUAUUUUCAGGAAUCCUGUAUCCGCGACAGGAAUACUAGGCUAUACUCUCGCCGUCAUCGGCAUCUUCCUCUAUAGCAAAGCUAAGAAACGCAAAGACUGAGAUACUACACAUUGGAAUAUUGAAAAGGGAAAAUAAAAAGGAAAAAAAAAGAAACAGAAAACAGAGUAAAUAAACUGCCUUUUUACCUUACCAGUUUGGCAGGUCUUUGGUCAAAGCUGGAUUCGCUGUGCACCCUUUUUUUUCUUUCCGAUUGAACAGCACAUUGUUUGGGCCGGCGAGGAACAAAAAUUCUACAGAAAUCGACAGUAUACGUAUAGUGACAUUCUAACCUUCAGCUAUUACCAUACUAUUCGGUAUAGAGAAUUAGGUAUUACUCUAUUCUGUUUUACGGUUCCAUUUGGUGAUGAAUGUUCUUCGGUAUUUUCUUGUACAUGUAAUUCUUUGAAUUUCUUUACCCUCCUAUGAUUCUUCUCAAUUGUGUAUAACUUCCUUAUCAAUAUGUGCACACUGCAAUAAAUAUGGAUUCUUCUAUUAA